AUGGACAAGAGUUGGAUUAAAAUCAAGAAUAAGGUCGAUCCGAAGAUCAUGAAAGGAGCAAUCGAUUUUGCGGAUAUGGCUAAGGGAUAUGUUGAUAGAGAAGGUCUUACACAUUGUCCAUGCAAUAACUGUCUGAAUGUAAUAAAGCAGUUACUUGAUCUUGUUGGUGCUCACAUAAUACAUCAUGGCUUUCAACAAUCGUAUGUAAAAUGGAUAUUUCAUGGGGAAAGUAGUUGGGAACAUGAAACAAACGACGACCUUGACGAAACUGACAAUAAAUCAAAUGACGGGGUCCAUGAUUUACUUGGUGAUGCGUUUAAUGUUGGAUAUGAAACCGAAGGAGGAGAUGGAAAAAAUGAGUUUGAGUCUUCUAAUCGAUCUAGCAAUCCCAAUGUGGAUAGGUUAUUUGCUGAUAUGGAGAAACCCUUAUUUCCGGGAUGUGAUACUUUCUCGGUACUGGGCUUUAUAUUACGAUUGAAGCACGUGAAAGUAACCUGUAAAAUGACAAAUGUGUCCAUGGAUAUGAUACUGAAGUUAUUGAGUGAGGCAUUCAUGGACACAAUAAUCCCUAAAACCCACUACGAGGCAAAAAAUCGUUGGGUAGACGAUCAUACGAAUCAAAAGAAGAUACCAACAAAAGUCUUGCGUUACUUUCCCAUCACAAGUAGACUGAAGCGGUUGUAUGCAUGUAGGUAUACUGCAAAGGACAUGCAGUGGCACGCUAAUAACAAAUCCAAAGAAGAAGGAUUUCAUAGGCAUCCAACAAAUGGAAAAGCAUGGAAGCACUUCGAUAGAAUCUAUCCGGAUUUUGCAAAUGAACCUAGAGAUGUAUGCCUAGGGCUUGCAAGUGAUGGUUUCAACCCUUUUGGGAUGAUGAAUACUUCAUAUAGCAAAGAUUCACCUGAAAAGGACAUUGAUGUAUAUUUACGUCCAUUGGUAGAUGAGUUGAAUGUUCUAUGGGAGAAUGGUGUCGAAACAUAUGAUUCUGAAUUUCGAUGUGCAUUCAACAUGCGUGCAACAGUUAUUUGGACGAUAAAUGAUUUUCCUGCAUAUAACCUGUCUGGAUGGAGCACAAGUGGGUACAUGACAUGCCCAAUAUGCAACGAAGAUGCACCAAGUAUUCGUUUACAAAAUAAAAUAGGAUAUGUAGGUCAUAGGCGAUUUCUUCCCCACGAUCAUCCUUGGAGGAAUGCACGAGAUUUUAAUGGGAAAAAAGAGGACAUGCUUGCACCUAAACAUAUCAGCGGAGAAGACUGCUUACGUCAACUAGAACACGUCCCUCAAUGUCCACAUGGAAAAAACCAGUCUUACACCGACCAAAAAUGUAAAAGGGGCAUAAGCGAGUCAAAUUGGAAAAAAAAAGCAUAUUCUUUGAACUACCAUACUGGUGCAAGUUGUUAA